AUGAAGUUCGUGCUUUAUCUGCUGGCGUCGGCACUUUUGUUCGGUAUAUCUGUAAUACUGUGCCUGUACAACAGUCCUAAUGUAUACGCUGCAACAAUUAUGAUUUCUCAGAGCCCGCUACAUAUCACAAUUGGACUGAACGUGAUAAUGUGUCUCUUUUUUGCGGUUGCUCAUGUACUCAAAACGAUUUUGUUCGGAACAUUACAGUCAUUUGAGGUGGAACACUUGUACGAACAGUUUUGGUUUACGUUUGCCGAGACCUGUAUUGCAGCCGUACUGUUCCGGGAGACGUUUGGAUUCAUUUUCUUCUUCCUCCUGAGUGUCUUCACUCUAGCCCGUGUGUUUCAUUCGAUUUGCGCCUUCCGCACCGAACGCACGCAGAUCCAAUUUGCAGACCACGACUGGCGAAUGUUCUCGCGGAUGAUCUUUACGUAUGUGACUCUGUUCCUUCUCGAUGUCUCUAUCAUAUAUGUGUGCGUUUCUCGCACAUUCAAGGCUCAUCCCCAGCUCAGCAUGAUGUUCCUGUGCGAGUUCUUGGUCCUACUGAUCGACUUGUUCACCAGUGUUGCAAAGUUUUGGCUGCACGGUAUCGAGGCUCGUCAACCCAAUCAGGUCUGGGAAAGCAAACCUAUCUAUGUCUUCCGCGUGGAGGUAAUCCGGGAUGCAACUCGCUUGGCCGUGUAUUUAUUUCUCUUCUUCUUUAUGUUCAGUUACCAGUCUUUGCCGCUGUACACCCUGCGACAAAUUUACAUCUGUACCUUUUCACUUGUUCGUCGCUGCAAAGAGCAUCUUCGGUAUCGCCAAGCUACUCGAAACAUGGAUGCCAUGUACCCAGACGCUACUGAGGAACAACUCAACUCGUCUGACCGCACAUGCACUAUUUGCCGUGAGGAAAUGUUCCGUCGUGAUCAUCCACCCGCAGAAACGGACGACGUUGACUCGCCUCCUCCCGGUCUGAACAUGACACCGAAACGCCUGCCCUGUGGUCACAUCCUGCAUCUCAACUGCUUACGCAACUGGCUUGAGCGGCAACAGACAUGUCCUGUCUGUCGCCGCCCCGUACUCAACAACGACUCGCGGCACACAGGGAAGCAAACGGGACUCCUGGUCGUGCCUGAGGGUACGGCUGCUGCGGGUGCCGCUAACGCAGACGCCAAUGGCGGAAACGGCGGCGGUUGCAUUCAGACACCUUCGUCGUCUACUAUGGUUGUUGAGCAUGGUCAUAUCCGGUACACCGAUCCUCGUGCUGGGACGCUUGAGCUUCCUGAUCUCCUUCCUCUGCAAAUGGAACGCAACAAUGUUGUCAGGAGCGCAACCGCGAAUACAAUCUCUGAUACAGAACUCCGUGAACGCUUCCACGAGCUUGUGGAGCUGAACGAAGAUAUGCGCGUCCGUCUCCAACGGUUUAGCACGCUUCUUGCUCAACGCGGUAGUGUUGCUGAUGCCUUGCAGGAACCUAAUGAGGCUGCAUCCUCCAGUGCCUCCUCUUCAGCAAUAGAAAACGUGGACGAUGGCGCAUUGCCUGCGCAUUCCGCAAUGCACGGACCAUCAUCGUCCUCACCUUUAGCAAACCUCCCAAAAGUUUAA